CCCCAUUGGACCAUUCAAAACGGCAAGCGGCACGCCGCUGUUUUCAACGUUAUUGUUUGUUGUAAUUGUGAGAUGUUUAUUUUGUGUACAUAAAAUUUUUCAUUCUUAAGUUUGAACCUGCAUAACCUCAAAAAGUGACGUUUUAAAAUUAUUGAAGAUUAUAUUUAUUUCGGUACUUAAUAUACCUAAUCGUAUUUUUAUUGAAUGAGUAUUGUUUUGGAGAAAUGAAAGAUUUGACCCAAUUCGUGAAUUGUAAAAUCCUAAGGGAUCACAAGAUAAUCCGUGAAGAUUUGUGGGUAAGAAAUGGCCAGGUGGUUGACCCAGAAAAGGUGUUUUUUGACGAAAAAAUAAAAGCAAAUAUUAUCGUUGACUGCCAGGAUCAUCUUAUAGCACCUGGAUUCAUAGAAGUGCAAAUAAACGGUGGUAUGGGUUUUGAUUUCUCCUACCAUGAUAACACUGAAGAAGGAAUUGAUGCAGUAGCAAAAUCCCUACUAAGUCAUGGGGUUACGUCCUUUUGUCCCACAGUUGUUACGUCACCUAAAGAAAUUUACCACCAAAUACUGCCAAAAAUAAAACGUAGAAAAGGUGACAGGAACGGAGCUACAAUACUGGGAGUCCAUGCCGAGGGACCGUUCAUAAACAAGGACAAAAAGGGGGCUCACCCUGAAAAUUGUAUUCUUGAGCAUGACGGGUCCCUGUCAACCUUGGAGAAAACGUAUGGAAGCAUGCAAAAUAUAAAGAUAAUAACUCUGGCCCCAGAAUUUCCGGAUUCAUGCAAACUUAUAAAACAAUUAACAAAUAAUGACAUAGUUGUAUCACUAGGACAUUCAACAGCAGAUCUAGCUCAAGGGGAAGAUGCUGUGAAUUGUGGAGCUACAUUUAUAACCCAUUUGUUCAACGCCAUGUUGCCUUUUCAUCAUCGGGACCCUGGUUUGGUUGGACUGUUGACUUCAAAGAACAUUCCAAAAGAUAAGAUCGUCCAUUUUGGAAUCAUAGCCGAUGGAAUACAUACACAUCCUGCUGCCUUGAGGAUUGCUUAUAAAGUUCAUCCAGAAGGUUUGGUUUUGGUAACAGAUGCAAUAUCAGCAUUGGGACUACACGAGGGAAAAUACAAAAUAGGACAACUGGACAUAGAUAUAAGGGAUGGCAAAGCAUAUGUAGCUGGAACAAAUACACUUUGUGGUAGUAUAGCCACCAUGAUAGAGUGUGUCAAGUUUUUCAUGGAAGCAACAGCUUGUGGUCCUGAAUUUGCAAUAGAUGCUGCUAGUUUCCAUCCAGCUAAAUUGCUUGGUAUUGAAAAUACUAAAGGUACUCUAAGUUUUGGGGCAGAUGCAGAUUUCAUUUUAUUGAAUGAUAAUUUUGAGAUUGAUUCAACGUGGAUUGCUGGGCAGAAAGUUUGGAUGAAUCAAGAUAUUAAUCAUUGAAAUAACUAAAUUAACUUAUAUUUUUGAAAAUUAACAAGAAAACCAUUCAGUGUUAUUAGUUUUAUACAUUUUAUAUUGUUAAAAAAUGAAUAUUUUUGAAACUUUUCAAAUAAAUUAAUUCCUGUUAGAAAAAUCACCGACUUCUUGUUACAUUUUAUAUUGUCAAAAUAAAGAGUAUUUUUUAAAACAGUAGUUCUCUGAAAUAAAUUAGUUUGAUUUAAUGACUAUAGGCAAUAAUAAUUAUAAUAUUAAAACAUUAUUGUUAGUGCCAAACAAAAUAAUUUCUAUGACCAGUUUACCAAUUUUCACGUUUUGGCCAAUUGACUGUUGAAUUACCAAUUAUUAUAAUUAUUUUUCGGCGUUCUCCUAAACUGCAUUGAACCUGAAAAACAAUUUAUUUCAAAUCAUAAAUAAUAUCAACUAGUGAAAAAACUCUAUAUACCUGAAUAGGACCUGCUAUUCUGUUCAUAUUUUCUGUUUUGUUCUCCUUGAUGUUCCUUGCUAAUAUUACUAUGUUUCGUUGGUAAACAAUCAUCAGUAAGGAUUUCUUCAAUAUUACCAUAACCUCUGAAUUUUACCGCCACGGUUUUAUCAGUAAUAGCCAUUAUAGUUGCUUCAUAA